AUGGAUCUUCAAAUUUUUAGUGGGGGCAAGCUUGCCGCAAGAAUCGGCAAUCGAAAGAUCAUCUCGCCGCGAGCAAUGCACUCGGUGCAAGGAAUAGGAUUGCAAGCACGGUGGGCACGCAGAAAUGCAAGAGGCGACACACCAUUAUCCGAUACGAUCUUGUAAAUGACGAAGCCCGUUCCGGUUGUGA